CAUUCCAGGGUUAGUGUGCCUCUGGACGUGGUGGAGGGCGGACGUUCGCUUCUCAUCCUCCAGUGUCUGCAGGUCCCCCUCCCGGUGCCUCCCUUACGUAGCUGCUCCUCCUCUUACUCCUCCUCCCUCCACCUCUUCUCCCUCCUCCUCCUCAACAUCACAAGAGGCUGAAGUGGGGAGAAUGUUUACAGGAGAAUGUUUAAAAAGUGGCUGUGCGAUGGUUGGUGUGAGUUUUCAGAAUGAGUUAGUGUUUCAUCCUUCAAAUCGACGACUAUAAUUUGUGGUCUCUAGUGAAUGACCGCGUGAAGAGUUUACAGAAAGAUGGACGUUAGUGACCUCUUCAACUAAGGUGACGGGAGGAGGUGGAAGGAGAGAGUAAGAGAGAAAGAGAGAGGCAGAGAGUGAGUAGUUUUCUCGCUGUUAAAUGCUACAACACAAGACCCACUGCAAUAUGCCUUUGUAUCGAUUUCUUAGCAAGCAACUCCCGUCCGCGUGACUCGAGCUGAGCUGUGAAUGGGAAAGAGCCGAGAGCUGCAGAUUCUGAACUUCUGUCUCAGCUUCCUGUGUUGUUAUUUCUGCCACAUUGGGUUACUGAGUGCACAAUUUUCGCAGGUGAAGGACGAGUUUUGUGUGUGUGCGUGAGUUUGUUUGUUUUUCAGAGCUGGGGUUGCGUAAAUGUUUUGGAGAAGAAAAUAAGAACAAGCAGGAUUAUUUACGCCUAUAAUCAAAGCCAAAUCUACACAUAACUAUUCCACUUUUCGGUGAUUAGAGACUGUGUUAGCGUGACCAUAGGAUUGAGGUGCGAGCAUAUGCGAACACCCGGGGAGAUUCACGCCCACAAACAAGUCAGUCCUGUUCACAAGCACACAAAACCGAUUCCUACAAGAAUACAACUGACAACCCUCUCCGGAAGUCCUGGGGGUGAGUGAGGUAGCGUGACCAGGCUUGAGGUGCGAGCGAAUACGAACAGCCGUCCAGAUCCCCGCACACAGACAAGUCAAGCCCAGGAGUAAUGAGGAGAAUUACCACCAGGGCGGCGACGGACGGCUGAGGGUCACGACAUUCCUGAAAACAGAGCCAUAAAGCAAGCGAGUGGCGCGUUCAUGAGGCUCGCCGCGGCACACGCUCACGGAAGGGCCACGCAUCGCCUUACCGAGUCCGGGCACGCUACAGAGCCUUAGUAUGUAGGCCGCAGCCUCUCCACGCCCCGACGCCCUCACCACUGCCUCCGGGUGGGCGAUGGAACAGCCACCCCCGGGCCACCAUGAGGACGCGGUCAGUGCAGCUGGUGACCUCGUGGUGGGUGGUGGGUGUGUGGGCCGCCCUCAGCCUCGCCACGGGCCUCGUCAGCGUGGUGGCCGUGCUGCAGCCGGCAUGGUACGUCAGGUACUCACAGAUACACGCCCAGGAUGCUCAGGGCGUGGCCUUCCAGGUCAUGGUAUCGUCCGUGGGGCCGCUGGGGUACUGUCGCCUGGCGGGGGUGCGUCAAGUCACUGUCCCAGCGGAGGAGCGGCGCCCUGGCUACGUCGAGUACCCAGCAGGAUCCCUACUCACCACCCCGGCAACGAUGUGGACCUCGGCACACCCAUCAUCCACAGGGACUUCCGGGCACCCACUGGACACCAAAAAGGAAGGCGUUUCCUCCACCCAGCCGCCCACCGAGGACAUCCAACCCACCACAGUGUCCCCGCGGAAAGUGGAGGGCCCCGCCACGUCUCCAGACACUGAUGAAGGCAAGACAAGCAGUAGUGAUGAAGGAAGUACAUUACAGCCAACAGACGAGAUAACUACCAUUAACACCACCAUCUACACCACCACCAACACUACCACCACCUCCACCACUCCAAGUUCAACCUCAAGUUUUGGGAGCCGUUACAAGGGCAAACCCACAUCAUCCCCACGUCAGCCCAUCACUUCCACCACCAUAACCUCCACUUCCACCUCCACCUCCACUACCGACAGCAGCGUCACCACCGCCGAGGCAAACAGACCCGAGGAACUUCUCACAACAACGCAAAGUCUGAGCGUUGACGAUCCCACGGAGGCUGGGGCGGCGGGGGCAAACUUUAUGUCACAAGAACCCCAAACUACAACAACAGGAAUCCCGGGAACGCCGAGAGGGCAAAACAAAUCUUCGGGUGUGGACGAGGCUGUGACGCCGAGGGUGGAGAUUGGCGUGGGGGGCGGCGGUGGUGGUGGCGAGGUCAGCGUAAGGAAAGACAGGAAGAACAAGAACAAGAAGCCGACGCAAGCACACACCACCGUCAGGGAAAACGUAAGUGUAGCACCUCGCAGGAACACCACAACCCCCGCAGCCACGAAGGGAAGAAGGAAGAAGAAAGGAAAAUACAGAAGGAGGAAGAAGAAGAACAGGAGGAAACGACCGAGAGAGAGAGACGGAGGGAAAGUUAUUGGUAGGAGUCACGGUCGAGGGGCACCGAGGCCAGAGCCGCCCCUCCACCACCUCCUCCGCUCCCGCCUGGCUGGCCGCGAAGAGCCCCUGGCCAGCCCCCUCCUGCAACGUUCCCCCCAGCAGGAAAAACUCGUCAGCACAGACUACCAGCCGCGCCAGCCCAUUCUCUACUGCUCGGGCGUGGGCGGCGGCGUGGGUUCUGGCUCCUCCGCUGUAUGGGCGCUAGUGGGCGUGCUGUACGGGGUAGCGGGCGUGGUGCAGGUGGCCGUGGGCGUGGCGUCCCUGGCCCUGCACCUCCCGCACGCCCAUACCCACGCCAAGAGGUACAUCUUCGCGGCCUGGCUGGGCAACGUGCAGGUGGCGAUUGUUAUGUCCCAGGGCGUGGCUCUCGUGCUCUUCCCUCUCGGUCUGGGUUCGCCGCUGGCCCGGGGGGAAUGUGGGGGCUCCUCGUCCGUGUACUGGCCCGGCGCUUGCAGCUUCGGGUGGUCGUACAUGCUCGGGGUCGUGGCUACUACCCUCUCUGCCUACUGCCCCUGCCUGGCUCGCCUCACCGUCUUCAGGAGGUACGACUACAAGGAGUGGGACAGCAUCAACUUCUUCUGAGAGGCUGAGUUGCUUGGUGGAUCAUGAACUCGAUGGAUCACGACGGCGAGGAGGUGGACAACGCCAACCUCUGAGAGCUUAAGUGGACUAGUGGAUCAUAAAUUCGGUGGAUGUAAACCGAUACAAUUACGACUACAAGGAGUGGCAAAAUAACAUCAACUUCUUCUGAGGGUUUAAGUGACUUGCUGGAUUAACCCGGUAGCAGCGACGGGCCAAAUUUGUGGCUUUACCGUGUAGCAGCGACGGGCCAAAUUUGUGGCUUUACCGUGUAGCAGCGACGGGCCAAAUUUGUGGCUUUACCGUGUAGCAGCGAGGGGCCAAAUUUGUGCCAUGAUAUAAACCCCCUAAAAGUAGAUGAUACAUAAUCUGAUCACAAAUGCUUUGAUAUAUAUUAUGAAAUGGUUUGUGUGAGGGGUGAUUUUUUCUCAUUUUUCUCGCUUGGGGGGACCAUUAAGAAACAUGAUCCCCGCUUGGUGGAUGAUAACCCGAUGGAGUUACAAGGAGUGGACGGUUGUUGAGUUGCUUGCUGGUCACAACUCGAUGGAUGAUAGAUACAAUACAGACGAUAAGGAGUGGGACAACAUCAUCAACUUCUUCCGAGAUGUUGAGUUGCUUGGUGGAUGGAUGGAUGAUAAACCGGAUUGACUAUAAAUUCGAUGGACUGCGGACAUUAAGAGAAGCUACUGUAGAACGUGCGCCAAACCUUUUUUUUUUUUUUUUUUUUUUUUUUGAGAUGUUGAGUUGGUUAGCGGAUCAUAAACUCGCUCAGUUGAAACUCGGAUGAUAAACAAUCGAAUGGAGGUGAAAUUAGAAGGAGUGUCGAGGCAUGUGAUUUACUGUUUCCUGAAGUGGUAUCUGAACUAUGAACUGAUUAAAUAGAUUGUGUAAUGGACCCACAAUAAACGUCAUGGGUUCUAAGCUGGAUACAUUACAAACAACCUUUAAGGAGUACGACAACAAGGUGAAAAGCCAUUUUAUUUUGUGUUAUAAAUUUUGAUAACUCGUUGAAAUGUGAAAUCAACGGGUAAUAAAUAAAAAAACAGCGAGGAUUUCAACUGAACGCAUAAUAAACAACCUUGAAGUAGUACGACAAAGUGAAAAGCCAUUUUAUUUUGUGUUUUAAAUUUUGAUAACUCGUUGAAAUGUGAAAUCAACGGAUAAUAAAAAUAAAACAGCGAGGAAUUUAACUGAACGCAUAAUAAACAGCUUUUAAGUAGUACGACAUCAAGGUGAAGAGGCAUUUAAUUCUGGGGUAUAAAACUUGAUAGCUCGUUGAACUGUAAACUCAACGGGUAAUAAAUAUUAAACACCGGAGUGUAAACUGAACGCAUUGUAAACAGUCUACAGGAUGGGAAGCAAAAAGAAUGAACCCAUGAUAAACAGUCUACAGAAAGGGCGGAAAAAACCUGAACCCAUGAUAAACAGUCUACAGAAAGGGCGGAAAAAAACAGAACCCAUGAUAAACAGUCUAUAGGAAGCGCGGCAAAAAGGCUUACCUCAUCUACAUCUAUCCAGGAAGGUGAGCAUUUUGGUGGAUUAGAACUCUUUCAAGAGGAGGGUAUCUGGACACCUCUCCUCCCGAAAUUGACCCCUCUUUCGGCCACCUCUUUGGAUUCUUUUUAGGAGCAGCGAGUAGCGGACUUUUUAUUAUUAUUGUUUCUUUUUUUGUGUGCCCUUGAGCUGUCUCCUUUGUUGUAAAAAAAAAAAAAAAAAAAAAACAGGUGACAUUAAGGGGGUGGCCAGGACACGAUACAGGACUAUGAGGGACAUAACAGUGACGCCGCAUAAGAUAAGAUACGCAACGCCAUUUUUUUUUAUAUUAAUUACUGGUGCACCGCUUUCCAUCGCCGUUUAUCACUACCUAGGAAUGUGUUACGUCAUGUUGAUAAUACGUCACUCGCUCCGUUUCCGUCUUAUCAUCGAACCUGGGUCACGUGAGAACACCUUGUGCCCAGCGUUGCCAAAUUAUCGUACAAAUCGUAAUGCAUAUUCGUAGUUUCUCACCGAUAACUGUUGUAAAAAGAAAGAAAACCAUCAAAUUUUAAGUUUCAAUGAUGACUUUAAUAGACUAUCGUUAUUUAUGAAUGUACGACAGAUUGGGGGGCCUAAAAAUGAUAAAUGGAGUGUUCAGAUUACGACAAUUUGGCAACGUUGCUUGUGCCCUCAGUCGUGAGCGUAACAUCCUGGAGACGCAUUUCUAAUCUCUCUAUGGCUAUGUGGUCCCUGAGUAAAAGCGCUCAGCUAUGGCUCCUAAACUAACCUUGGGGUGCACUGGAAAAUACUCUCAUCGUGUUUCACCCUCAAAUUACCUAACAUGACUUUAACCUAGCCUAACCUAGCCUAACCAAACCUAACUUAUCCUAUUCUAGCCUAACCUAACCUAACGCAACUUUCCCCGUUCAAGAGUGGGCGCCACAUAUCAAACCAAACCUAACCUAACCUAACAACCUAACGCAAUCUUCCUCGUUCAAGAGUCGGCGCCGCAUA